UGGUUCAUCAAACUGCUGCAGGCAGAGGUGGAGAAGAUGGAAGGCUGGUGCCAGCAGAUGGAGAGGGAGGCUGAGGAUUAUGACCUGCCGGAGGAGAUACUGGAGAAGAUCCGGAGCGCGGUGGGCAGUGCCCAGCUCCUCAUGUCCCAGAAGGUGCAGCAGUUCUAUCGCCUCUGCCAGCAGAACAUGGAUCCCAACGCGUUCCCUGUGCCCACCUUCCAAGACCUGGCUGGCUUCUGGGACCUCCUGCAACUCUCCAUUGAGGAUGUCAGCAUGAAGUUUGCAGAGCUGCAGCAGCUCAAGGCCAAUGGGUGGAAGAUCAUGGAGCCCAAGGAGGAGAAGAAGGUGCCUCCCCCGAUACCAAAGAAGCCGCCGCGCUCCAAGGUGCACCCGGUGAAGGAGCGCUCCCUGGACUCGGUGGACCGGCAGCGGCAGGAGGCUCGCAAGCGGCUCCUGGCAGCCAAACGCGCCGCCUCCUUCCGC